UUCCCUCCCCUCAUCGUUCCGGGCUGGGCGACGGGGGCGGCACAGGGACCCCCCCCGUCCCCGGGGAGCUCCGCCGGGCAGGGGCGGGGGGAUCGGCGUGAGGAGCGGGGACCCCGGUGCGGGCUGAGGGGGCAGCGGGCCGGGCAGCGCAGACAAAGAGAGGGAACUCCUCUGUCCUGCGGUGAGAAAGUUGCCGUGCGCCCUCCCUGCGGAACGCGCCGCCGAGCGCUCCCGGGGCUGCGGGCUCGGGGGGCGCCGCGGGGGAGUCGCGGAGAGCCCGGCGGAACCGGCGCGGGAAGCAGCGCCUGUCCUGGCACCCGGAGCGGGGCGGGUCGGGGCCGGAGCUCCUCCCGGGAGAGAGGCACCCCGGGUUCUGGAUGUGCGCCCCGGGUUCUGGAUGUGCACCCCGCUUUUUCAAUGCACACCCCCGUUUGUCCGUGGUAUGUCUGCAACACUGAACAAUUGUCUGAAUCCCUUCAGCCUAUUUUUGUCCAGAGUUACCUUGACCAAGGAACACAGAUCUUCUUAAACAACAGCAUUGAGAAGUCAGGCUGGCUGUUUAUCCAGCUCUAUCACUCUUUCGUGUCCUCUAUUUUUAGCCUUUUUAUGUCCAGAACAUCUAUCAAUGGGCUACUGGGAAGGGGCUCAAUGUUUGUGUUUUCCCCAGAACAAUUUCAAAGACUGCUUAAAAUAAAUCCUGAAUGGAAAUCCCAUAGACUUCUUGAUUUAGGGGCUGGAGAUGGAGAAGUCACUAAAGUUAUGAGUCCUCACUUUGAAGAAAUCUAUGCCACUGAAUUGUCUGAAACGAUGAUAUGGCAGCUUCAGAAGAAGAAAUACAGGGUGCUUGGUGUAAAUGAAUGGCAAAACACAGGAUUUCAGUAUGAUGUUAUCAGCUGUUUGAAUUUGCUGGAUCGCUGUGAUCAACCACUGACUGUAUUAAAAGACAUUAGAAGUGUACUGGAGCCAACCAGAGGCAGAGUCAUCCUAGCACUGGUUCUGCCAUUUCACCCCUAUGUGGAAAAUGUAGGUGGCAAGUGGGAAAAGCCCUCAGAAGUUUUGGAAAUCAAAGGGCACACUUGGGAAGAGCAGGUGAACAGCCUGCCAGAAGUUUUCAGUAAAGCUGGUUUUGCCAUCGAGGCUUUCACCAGACUGCCCUACCUCUGUGAAGGUGACAUGUACAAUGACUACUACGUGCUGGAUGAUGCUGUCUUUGUCCUCAAGCCAGUGUAAGCCUGGGUGAAGUAAAGCUCCACAAUCUAACCCAAGAAGCAGCCUCUGAAAGAGGAUUUUGAUUUAUGGUUACUUAAAGGGAGGGAAUUUUGGGAUUGCCAUGCUAAAUAAAUACCAUGUAAGAAAUUUAAAGGCCAAAAUAAUAAUGUAUUUCUUUGUAGUGUGAUUAGUGGGGGGAGGAAGAAAAAGGUUGUUUUUUAAAUGGACUCCUCAGCUGAGUAUUUCUUUUUUACCAGCUCCUAAACCAACAUUGCAUUCUGCAAUCCAGCAGCAAUGGGGGAUAUUUUUUUAUAAUUACCUGCAACAGGGAUCAUAUCCAAACAAAAGCAAUAGUCUUUAUAAUGGUGAAACUGAUACAGUGUGAACUGUUGUGAAAGAAAUCAAGCAAAAUCUGGCAAUAAAGUUAUCCAUUCACUUCAAGCUUUGUUGAAUAAAACUGUUGAAAUGGAUAAUCUUCCAUGCUAAGUUACUGUCUCUCUUACUGUCAUUCUUCACGUUUUUAAUCAUGCUAAUAAACUUUUUUGAGAUGA